UCUUCAGAAAAUAUUGAUCUUGCAUAUGCAGGACCUAAUUACCUAGCUACAUUUACAAAAAAAAUUGGAGGUAUACAAAACUUAAUAGUACAAAAUAUUGCUAAUGAAAAUGAAUAUGUUAUUAUGAAAGCUCAAAAAAGUACUAUUAUCAAAUUAUUAUCUUACCUUUCACAAUUAUAUUCAGAUAAAUAUUUAUUUAUAGAACGUAAAUUAUUGUUAAACCUAUCAACUAAAAUUCAAAAAAAUAUUGAUCAUGAAUUAACUAAUACUGAUGACAAAAAUAAAAAAGGAAUUGAUGAAAAAAGGUGUAUCUUAUCUGUUAUAGCUAAGAAUUUUAGUUCUAAAGAAUUGUAUAAAAAUUUACAAGUUGAUAUUUGCAGCAAAACAAUAAAUGGACCUGGUUGUUUGGCAAUAAUGAAAAAGCCAGUAGUUACAAAAUCUUCUAGUAAUAAAAAUAAAACAGAUCAUAUAUCAGCUACUGAAAUGGUAAAAGAAUUAGAAAACAUGAUAAAGGAUAGUGAGCUCGAUGCUGAAAUUCCAACCAUAAAAACAGUAGAAGGGUGGAUUAAAACUUACUCGGAAAAAUUACACAAAUUAAAUGCUAAUGAAUUAUUGAAUAAUAACACAGAAGAUAAUAGUAUAUUACAAGAAUUGUCAUAUAAUAAAGAAACAGACAAAGAAAGCAAUAGCAUACUUAAUAACCAUUCUGGUUAA